UCGAGAAAGUUACAGCCAAACUUCGGGCGGCGGCCGAGGCGGCGGCCGGGGGACGGCUGACUGGGGGUGCAGGGAGUCGGAGGCGUUACGCCUGAGCUUCAGGGCGCCGCGCGAGGCCGUGAGCCGCAGGAGCAGGCGGAGGAGAGGAGAAAGUGGGGGCUCCUCUGGUGGGACCCCCUCUCCAUGUGGAUCUGCCCAGGCGGCGGCGGAGGAGGAGGCGACCGAGAAGAUGCCCGCCCUGCACCCCGUUCGGCUGUGGGCGCUGCUGGCGCUCUGGCUGUGCCGCGCGGCCCCUGCGCGUGCGUUGCAAUGUCGGGGCGUCCAUGAGCCCUGUGUCAAUGAAGGAACGUGUGUUACCUACAACAACGGCACAGGAUACUGCAAAUGUCCAGAGGGCUUCUUGGGAGAAUAUUGUCAACAUCGAGACCCCUGUGAGAAGAACCGCUGCAAGAAUGGCGGGACGUGUGUGGCCCAGGCCAUGUUGGGGAAAGCCACGUGCCAGUGUGCCCCGGGAUUCACUGGCGAGGACUGCCAGCACUCGACCACUCACCCGUGCUAUGCCGCUCCCUCCUGUCUGAAUGGAGGCACUUGCCGCGUGCUGAGCCAGGACAACUAUGAGUGUGCCUGCCAAGUCGGGUUCACAGGUGAGCGGUGCCAAUGGACGGAUGCCUGCCUGUUGCAUCCCUGCGCAAACGGAAGUACCUGUACCACCGUGGCCAACCAGUUCUCCUGCAAAUGCCUCGCAGGCUUCACCGGACAGAAGUGCGACACUGAUGUCAAUGAGUGUGACAUUCCAGGACAGUGCCAGCACGGUGGCACCUGCCUCAACCUACCAGGCUCCUAUCAGUGCCAGUGCCCCCAGGGCUUUACGGGCCAGCACUGCGACAGCCCCUACGUGCCCUGCGCACCCUCCCCCUGUGUCAAUGGAGGCACCUGCCGGCAGACGGGUGACUUCGCUUUUGAGUGCAAUUGCCUUCCAGGCUUUGAAGGGAGCACCUGUGAGCGGAACAUUGAUGACUGCCCCAACCACAGGUGUCAGAAUGGAGGCGUUUGUGUGGAUGGGGUCAACACCUACAACUGCCGCUGCCCACCUCAGUGGACAGGACAGUUCUGCACCGAGGACGUGGACGAGUGCCUGCUGCAACCCAACGCCUGUCAGAACGGGGGCACCUGCACCAACCGCAAUGGAGGCUACGGCUGUGUGUGUGUUAAUGGCUGGAGCGGAGAUGACUGCAGCGAGAACAUUGAUGACUGUGCCUUCGCCUCCUGCACGGCGGGGUCCACCUGCAUUGACCGCGUGGCCUCCUUCUCUUGCAUGUGCCCAGAAGGAAAGGCAGGUCUCUUAUGUCACCUGGAUGAUGCGUGCAUCAGCAAUCCUUGCCAUAAGGGGGCACUGUGCGACACCAACCCUCUGAAUGGGCAGUACAUUUGCACCUGCCCACAAGGCUACAAAGGGGCUGACUGUACCGAAGACGUGGAUGAGUGCACCAUGGCCAAUAGCAACCCCUGUGAGCAUGCAGGAAAAUGCGUGAACACAGAUGGUGCUUUUCACUGCGAGUGUCUGAAGGGCUAUGCGGGGCCUCGCUGCGAGAUGGACAUCAACGAGUGCCAUUCAGACCCCUGCCAGAAUGACGCCACCUGUCUGGAUAAGAUUGGAGGCUUCACCUGUCUCUGCAUGCCAGGUUUCAAAGGUGUGCAUUGUGAAUUGGAGAUAAACGAAUGUCAGAGCAACCCUUGUGUGAACAAUGGGCAGUGUGUGGAUAAAGUCAAUCGCUUCCAGUGUCUCUGUCCGCCUGGUUUCACUGGCCCGGUCUGCCAGAUUGAUAUUGAUGACUGUUCCAGUACUCCGUGUCUGAACGGGGCCAAGUGUAUCGAUCACCCGAAUGGCUAUGAGUGCCAGUGUGCCACAGGAUUCAAUGGCGUGUUAUGUGAAGAGAACAUUGACAACUGUGACCCCGACCCCUGCCACCAUGGCCAAUGUCAGGACGGAAUUGACUCCUACACCUGCAUCUGUAACCCCGGCUACAUGGGCGCCAUCUGCAGUGACCAGAUAGACGAGUGCUACAGCAGCCCUUGCUUGAAUGAGGGCCGCUGCAUCGACCUGGUAAAUGGCUACCAGUGCAACUGCCAGCCGGGCACAUCAGGUGUGAAUUGUGAAAUCAAUUUUGACGACUGUGCAAGCAACCCUUGUGUCCAUGGCGUCUGCAUGGAUGGAGUUAAUCGUUACAGCUGCGUCUGCUCACCAGGCUUCACAGGGCAAAGAUGUAACAUUGACAUUGAUGAGUGUGCCUCCAAUCCCUGUCGCAAGGGUGCCACGUGCAUCAACGAUGUGAAUGGUUUCCGCUGUAUAUGCCCUGAGGGGCCCCAUCACCCCAGCUGCUACUCACAGGUGAACGAGUGCCUGAGCAAUCCGUGCAUCCACGGGAACUGUACUGGGGGCCUCAGUGGAUACAAGUGCCUCUGUGAUGCAGGCUGGGUUGGCGCCAACUGUGAAGUGGACAAAAACGAAUGUCUUUCUAAUCCGUGCCAAAAUGGAGGGACUUGUGACAACCUGGUGAACGGGUACAGGUGUACUUGCAGGAAGGGCUUUAAAGGCUAUAACUGUCAGGUGAAUAUUAAUGAAUGUGCUUCAAAUCCGUGUCUGAACCAAGGAACCUGCUUUGAUGACAUAAGUGGUUACACUUGCCACUGUGUGCUGCCAUACACAGGCAAGAACUGUCAGACUGUAUUGGCUCCCUGUUCCCCAAAUCCUUGUGAGAAUGCUGCUGUUUGCAAAGAGGCACCAAAUUUUGAGAGUUACACCUGCCUGUGUGCUCCUGGCUGGCAAGGUCAGCGGUGCACCAUUGACAUCGACGAGUGUGUCUCCAAGCCCUGCAUGAACGAUGGUCUCUGCCAUAACACCCAGGGCAGCUACAUGUGCGAGUGUCCUCCAGGCUUCAGUGGCAUGGACUGUGAGGAGGACGUCGAUGACUGCCUCGCCAAUCCUUGCCAGAAUGGAGGUUCCUGUGCAGAUGGAGUGAAUACCUUCUCCUGCCUCUGCCUGCCGGGCUUCACGGGGGAUAAGUGUCAAACAGACAUGAAUGAGUGUCUAAGCGAGCCCUGUAAGAAUGGAGGGACCUGCUCCGACUACGUCAACAGUUACACUUGCAAGUGCCAGGCGGGAUUUGAUGGAGCCCACUGUGAGAACAACAUCAACGAGUGCACUGAGAGCUCCUGUUUCAAUGGCGGCACGUGUGUCGAUGGGAUUAACUCCUUCUCGUGCUUGUGUCCCGUGGGCUUCACUGGCCUCUUCUGCCUCCAUGAGAUCAAUGAGUGCAACUCUCACCCAUGCCUGAAUGAAGGAAUAUGUGUCGAUGGCCUGGGCACCUACCGCUGCACCUGCCCCUUGGGCUACACUGGGAAAAACUGCCAGACCCUGGUGAACCUCUGUAGUCGAUCUCCAUGUAAAAACAAAGGGACUUGUGUUCAGGAAAAAGCAGAAUCCUGGUGCCUGUGUCCCUCUGGCUGGGCUGGUGCAUACUGUGACGUGCCCAACGUUUCCUGUGAGGUGGCAGCCUCCCGCAGAGGGCUGCCCGCUGACCGCCUGUGCCAGCACUCCGGCGUCUGCAUCAACGCUGGUAAUUCCCAUCACUGCCAGUGCCCCUUGGGCUACACUGGGAGCUACUGCGAGGAGCAGCUGGACGAGUGCUCGUCCAAUCCCUGCCAGCACGGGGCCACCUGCAGUGACUUCAUCGGUGGAUACAGGUGUGAGUGUGUCCCAGGAUAUCAGGGUGUCAAUUGCGAGUAUGAAGUGGACGAGUGCCAGAACCAGCCGUGCCAGAACGGAGGCACCUGUGUCGAUCUGGUGAACCAUUUCAAGUGUUCCUGUCCCCCAGGCACUCGAGGCCUGCUCUGUGAAGACAACAUUGAUGACUGUGCCAGGGGCCCCCACUGCCUGAAUGGGGGUCAGUGUGUGGAUAAGAUUGGGGGCUACAGCUGCCGCUGCCUGCCUGGCUUUGCCGGAGAGCGCUGUGAGGGGGACAUCAACGAGUGCCUGUCCAACCCCUGCAGUUCUGAGGGCAGCCUGGACUGCAUACAGCUGAUCAACGACUACCGGUGUGUCUGCCGCAGCGCCUACACAGGUCGUCACUGCGAAACCUUUGUUGACGUGUGUCCCCAGAAGCCUUGCUUAAAUGGAGGUUCUUGUGCGAUGGCCAGCAACAUGCCUGACGGUUUCAUCUGCCGUUGUCCCCCGGGCUUCUCCGGGGCGAGAUGCCAGAGCAGCUGUGGACAAGUGAAGUGCCGGCGAGGGGAGCAGUGCGUGCACACGGCCUCGGGACCCCGCUGCUUCUGCCCUAACCCCCAGGACUGCGAAUCGGGCUGUGCCAGUAGCCCCUGCCAGCACGGGGGGAGCUGCUACCCGCAGCGCCAGCCUCCUUACUACUCUUGCCAGUGUUCUCCACCGUUCUGGGGCAGCCACUGUGAACUCUACCCCGCCCCCACCAGCACCCCGCCUGCCACCUGUCUGAGCCAGUACUGUGCCGAGAAAGCUCGGGACGGCAUCUGCGAUGAGGCCUGCAACAGCCACGCCUGCCAAUGGGAUGGGGGGGACUGCUCCCUCACCAUGGAGAACCCCUGGGCCAACUGCUCCUCCUCGCUUCCCUGCUGGGAUUACAUCAACAACCAAUGCGAUGAGCUGUGCAACACGGCCGAGUGCCUGUUUGACAACUUCGAAUGCCAGGGCAACAGCAAGACGUGCAAGUACGACAAAUACUGUGCGGACCACUUCAAAGACAACCACUGUGACCAAGGAUGCAACAGUGAGGAGUGCGGCUGGGAUGGGCUGGACUGUGCCGCCGACCGGCCCGAGAACCUAGCCGAGGGCACCCUGGUCAUUGUGGUGCUGAUGCCUCCGGAACAGCUGCUGCAGGACGCGCGCAGCUUCCUGCGGGCGCUGGGCACCCUGCUGCACACCAACCUGCGCAUUAAACGGGACUCGCAGGGGAACCUCAUGGUCUACCCCUAUUAUGGCGAGAAGCCGGCAGCCAUGAAGAAGCAGAGGAUGAACCGCAGGUCCCUUCCCGAUGAUCAGGAGCAGGAGGUGGCUGGCUCCCAGGUGUUCCUGGAGAUUGACAACCGCCAGUGCGUCCAAGAUUCAGAGCAGUGCUUCAAGAACACGGACGCGGCAGCAGCUCUGCUGGCUUCCCACGCCAUCCAGGGGACCCUGUCGUACCCUCUCGUGUCUGUCGUCAGUGAGUCCCUGACUCCACCACGCACUCAGCUCCUCUAUCUACUUGCUGUUGCUGUGGUCAUUAUCCUGUUUAUUCUCCUGCUGGGGGUUAUCAUGGCGAAACGGAAGCGGAAGCAUGGCUCCCUCUGGCUGCCUGAAGGCUUCACCCUUCGUCGCGACUCCAGCAACCACAAGCGCCGGGAGCCCGUGGGACAGGAUGCCGUGGGGCUGAAAAAUCUCUCCGUGCAAGUCUCAGAGGCUAAUCUAAUUGGUUCCGGAACAAGUGAACAUUGGGUUGAUGAUGAAGGACCUCAGCCAAAGAAAGCCAAGGCUGAAGACGAGGCUUUGCUCUCAGAAGAAGACGACCAUAUCGACCGACGCCCGUGGACACAGCAGCACCUGGAGGCUGCCGAUAUCCGCAGGACCCCGUCUUUGGCUCUCACUCCUCCGCAGGCCGAGCAGGAGGUGGACGUGCUGGAUGUGAACGUCCGGGGCCCAGAUGGGUGCACCCCAUUGAUGCUGGCUUCUCUCCGAGUUGGCAGCUCAGACAUGAGUGACGAAGACGAGGAGGCAGAGGACUCUUCUGCCAACAUCAUCACAGACCUGGUGUACCAGGGUGCCAGCCUCCAGGCCCAGACAGACCGCACGGGGGAGAUGGCUCUGCACCUUGCCGCCCGCUACUCCAGGGCAGACGCUGCCAAGCGCCUCCUGGAUGCAGGUGCAGACGCCAAUGCCCAGGAUAACAUGGGCCGCUGCCCCCUGCAUGCUGCCGUGGCCGCUGACGCCCAAGGUGUCUUCCAGAUUCUGAUCCGCAACCGAGUCACAGAUCUAGAUGCCAGGAUGAACGAUGGCACCACCCCCCUGAUCCUGGCUGCCCGCCUGGCUGUGGAGGGAAUGGUGGCCGAGCUGAUCAACUGCCAAGCAGAUGUGAACGCGGUGGAUGACCAUGGAAAAUCUGCUCUUCACUGGGCAGCUGCUGUCAAUAAUGUGGAGGCGACACUUUUGCUGUUGAAAAAUGGGGCCAAUCGAGACAUGCAGGACAACAAGGAAGAGACACCUCUGUUUCUUGCUGCCCGAGAGGGGAGCUAUGAAGCAGCCAAGAUCCUGUUAGACCAUUUUGCCAAUCGGGACAUCACAGACCACAUGGAUCGUCUGCCCCGGGAUGUGGCUCGGGACCGUAUGCACCACGACAUCGUGCGGCUUCUGGACGAGUACAAUGUGACCCCGAGCCCUCCGGGCACUGUACUGACUUCUGCUCUCUCACCUGUCAUCUGUGGGCCCAACAGAUCUUUCCUCAGUCUGAAGCAUACCCCAAUGGGCAAGAAGCCCAAACGGCCCAAUGCCAAGAAUGCCAUGCCCACUAGCCUCCCUAACCUGGCCAAGGAGGCCAAGGAUAUCAAGGGGAAUAGGAGGAAGAAGUCCCUGGGUGACAAGGGCCAGCUGUCGGAGAGCUCAGUGACUCUGUCACCAGUCGACUCCCUAGAGUCUCCUCACACAUAUGUUUCUGACACCACAUCCUCUCCAAUGAUUACAUCCCCUGGCAUCUUACAGGCCUCACCCAACCCUCUGUUGGCCACUGCCGCGCCCCCUGCCCCAGUCCACGCACAGCACGCGGUGUCUUUCUCUAACCUUCAUGAGAUUCAGCCUUUGGCUCAUGGGGCCACCACUGUGCUUCCCUCGGUGAGCCAGCUGCUGUCCCACCACCGCAUGGUUCCGCCAGGCAGUGGCAAUGCGGGGAGCCUGGGGAGGCUGCAUCCAGUCACCGUUCCCGCGGAUUGGAUGAACCGCAUGGAGAUGAAUGGGACCCAGUACAAUGAGAUGUUUGGUAUGGUCCUGGCUCCAGCUGAGGGCGCCCCCCCUGGCCUCGCUCCCCAGAGCAGGCCGCCUGAAGGGAAGCACAUACCCACCCCUCGGGAGCCCUUACCCCCCAUUGUGACUUUCCAGCUAAUCCCCAAAGGCAGUAUUGCCCAGCCAGCUGGGGCAGCCCAGCCUCAGUCCAACUGCCCUCCAGCUGUGGCAAACACCCUGCCCACCAUGUACCAGAUUCCAGAAAUGGCUCGUUUGCCCAACAUGGCUUUCCCCACUGCCAUGAUGCCCCAGCAGGAUGGGCAGGUUGCUCAGACCAUUCUCCCCUCCUACCAUCCUUUCCCAGCCUCCGUGGGCAAGUAUCCCACGCCCCCUUCACAGCAUAGCUAUGCUUCCUCAAAUGCUGCUGAGCGAACGCCCAGCCACAGCGGUCACCUCCAGGGUGAGCAUCCCUACCUGACACCAUCUCCCGAGUCUCCUGACCAGUGGUCAAGUUCAUCACCCCACUCUGCUUCUGACUGGUCCGAUGUGACCACCAGCCCUACUCCCGGGGGUGCUGGAGGAGGUCAGCGGGGACCUGGGACACACAUGUCUGAGCCACCACGCAGCAACAUGCAGGUUUACGCCUGAAAGAGCCUGCCCCCGGUGUAGGGACAGAACUGCCUAUCGUAAAUGCUGCUGAGGAACAAAUGAAGGUCAUCCGGGAGAGAAAUGAAGAAAUCUCUGGAACCAGCUCCUGGAGGCAGGAGAGAGGAGAUGCUCUUACCUUUCAGAUAAUGCAAGGGAAGCAGUUUUAUCCGCUUCACUGGGUAUUUGGAGGGUUUGGAGGAGGAAGGACAAGGCUCCUUCUAAGCCCUUGCCCAUCAAGCCAAGUUCAUAGCAAUGCAAGAGGAACACAGGACCUGGAACCAUGUUUACUCUCUUUUAUUUGGAGAAUUGGAUGGAUGCCUGUCAUCGCCCAGACAUUCUUGCAGCUUGAACUGCAUUUUAAGCCCCGGGGGCUUCUGCCAUAUCCGUGAGAAGAUGCUACAGUGGAUUCCCGUUGGGAAUUGUGCCCUGGAAUUCUAGCUGAACUGACCUAUCUCAUCUUCUCAUCCUCACAAACGCUUUUGGCUUCAUUUGGUGCUUCCAUGUUUGCACCUCUCUGGUCGUAGCCUUACCAGCAGUUAGAGGGUCUGGCCUUUGUGCUUCUAAUCAUUCCUGCCCUGAAACGGGACUUCAGUUUCCUCUUCCCUCCUAGUUUCCAGGGUCCCUGGAAGUCCGACAGGUUUACUUCGGUUGUGGUUCUCAGCAGAAACCUUUCUAGUUCAUUUCUUUAGAAAAUGGGCAUAUUGCAUUCUCCUACAUAAUAGCAUUCCUAGAUGAACAAUAGAGAACAAAGUAUUUUUCUUUAAACCCCAUUUGGGGACAGGCGACCCCUUCAAGAAGCUGCACCUAAGUCUCUUGCCUGCACGCAGGACUUCCCAUAAACCUUCUAAGAAGGAGGAUAAGGAUCAGUUGCUUUUCCAUUUGUGGGCCUAGUCAGUGUGAAGUUUCAUCCUUGGAAGGUGUAGGUACUAUGACUCCCUUAAAAAAAAAAAAAAAAGAUUUGGAAUGUUGGAAUGACCAAGAGAUAAGCUAAUUCAUGCAAAAAGUGUUACCCACUGACGGCUCCCCUGCCUUCCUGCCAAGCGUUGCACUGACUGACAGUGCGAAACACGUUUGUUCCCAGCUCUCUGAAGCCUCAGGCUGCUUCACUCCCUCAUCCAGCCGAUGAAGUUAAGUGUACAUGUUAAGCCUUUCCUCCCGGCAAUCCUCACAAAAGAAAAUGCCUCGAACCACGUUCCCUCGCCGUCUAGAAUGGAACUUGCCUCGGCUCAAGGGAUCCCACACUGGUAGUCUUGCCUUCAUCGGGGGGUCCGUCUGUACUUCCUGAUUCUUGCUGAUCGCAGGCCCAUUCACCAAAUCUUCCUUCCACACGGUGUGGUCUGAGUUACUGGUGCACCCAGUAGGUUCUCACUGAACGCAGGGAUUUUCAAGUGUGGGAAAUAGAAUGGUGGGUCCGUUUUCUAGAGCCAAAGCCAACUCUCUAAGAAAGGUGGCAAGGGAGGGAUUCGUGGCAGCCUCUGCUAAUUCUUGCCACCAUUUCUUUUCCUCUGAAACAAUCAUGGCAUCUCCUUUAAGACAACUAACACAGAAACUUACCAGGGACCUUAUGCUUUCCUAGAGUCACCUUCUAGAUGAUAAGGGAUAAUUCCAGACUCUGUCCUUGUCAUCCUCCUGUUCAGAUUGGGAUUGCUUCUCACCUAAGGCUACUCUCUGUAUUAGUGGUCUUGACAACUUCCUCGACCUUCUGUCAAGGGCAGAAGCCUUCUAGUCAACACUAGAAAUAGGAAGACAAUCGAUUUCUUCCUCUUCUCCCUGAGUCAGCAGAUCGUUGGUCCUAUGGCCACACUGCCACAUCUACCGGUGCUAUGAUGUCAUGACACCCGGAAAAUUAGUUCCACUGGGGCAUUUGGUAGAUAUUAAUAGGUGGAUUGCCUACUUUGUUUCUGUUUGAGUAAUAGUCCUCAUUCCUGCCUUGGCUGAGUGUGGUCAUCAGUGCUUCCCACUUACUUGAUUUGUCUGCCUGUGGCUCCAGAUAUUACAGAAGCCCUGUGUGUCUGUUAGCACGGCCAUCUACAGAUGGCUGUUGCAAUCCUGCCCAAGCUCAUGAACCAACAACAAUAAUUAGUUCUGCUCUAAUAUGAGCAGAUUGUUUAUUCAUUCUGUAUGUUAUUCUCUCACAUGACAAUCUACCAGCCCCCUCCAUAGUGUGUAACAUUUUAUCAUUUUAAACGGUGACUCUCUAUCCUUGGACCCAUUUGUUAAUUCACAGAUGGGGAGAACCUGUGUGCCUGAAUCACCAUGGACCCCACCACACCUGCCCUGCUCUGUCAUCCUGUCCCAGCCCCGCUUUUUUGAAAGUAUCAGUCUCUGAUCCAGCAGCUCAGAUCUUUUAUAACCUCCUCGCUCUCCAAGCACAACGUAGGCCCACCUUGCUUGUUUCUCUUUGGUAUUGGGGAAAAGGAAAUGUGAAAGCUGCCAUUACAGACAACAGGCUUCAGUGAUGAAGAGGAAGAUACUGCCUUUCAGUCAUUUGUCAGUCUUCGUUUUUAAGGACCCUUGAGUUGUAUCAUAUCUAAUCAAAGAAAAGGUAAGAUGGAGACUUGCUUUCUCAUUUGGGUUCUGAAUUGCAGACUAACUUUUAAGGAGACAUCUUGUAUGCCAUGUAUAGGUCAGCACCCAAUUUUUGGUUUUUUAUUUUAUUUUAUUUUUGUAAGUUCUUCCUUUGACUCCUGUCAGCCUCUGGGUAUAGAUUUUUUUGUUUGUUUAUUUGUUUCUGUUUUGUAUGAAGCAUCAUUUUCUGACUUACAUGAUGAUGAGGGGGGUAGAAGUUUGAGGAAAAGCAAGAGGAAGACUUAAAGAUGUUGACGUCAAGCAAUCGUCUGUAAUGCGCAAGUCCAUUAUAUCAUUUUACUGUUCAACUUGUUAGUUCAUAAUUCUUGCACAGAAAAGAACCAAAGGUGUAAUGUUUUGUUGGCAGGUGGUUUGGGGGAAAUUUGGCCUUAACCAAUGCAUUGAGUGCAUGGUGACUAUUGGACAGGAUGCGUCCUAUGCCCUGAGGCUCCCUUCCCUAACUCUCUGGUACUGCGGAUCCUUUUGUGUACAUUUAAGAGUGAUCUUGUAUCUGUUUGUAUGAGAAACCCAGUAACCAAUAAAAUGACUGCAUAUUCCUAACUGUACCUGGUAAGGAACAUGCACACUUUGUUUUUACUUUUCAAAGUUUCCUUCUAAAAGUAGGUAAGAUGAAAUUUAUAUGAAAGCAUUUUUAUCACAAAAUAAAAAAGGUUACAUGUCAA